UGUGUAUAUACGUGUGUGAGGAAUAGCGGAGAGUCAGUACGCUGUGUGAGCAAACAAACCGGGGUGAAAGUCUGUCUAUCUAUUCUAGCUUUAAAAUAAAAAAAGAUUUAAACAUCUUUAAUCGAAGAGGAAAACUUUAAAAGAACUAAAGGGGAGGAAUAAAAGAGGAACUCGGACUUUAUCCCGUGUCUCAGGUGUCUCCACAAUGUUUGAGAAGCAGUCGUACGACAGUCCCCCCAUGUACAGCCCUCCGAUGAACAAUUACGGACCCCAGGGUAGUUUCCUCCCCCCUCAGAGCGAGUUCGACCCCUACCCCCCUCCUCCUGGAUCAUAUUAUGUGGGAGAGGAAGUGCCUCAACAUUUCUACAAAUGGACCUCUCCUCCUGGAAUCAUCAAGAUCAUGGAAGGUGCCAUUGUGGUGUUGUGUCUCGGAAUCUUCGCCUGCGUGGCGUCGACGCUGGUCUGGGACAUGCAGUACGGAGGCUCGUACGGUCUGGGGUCUGGGUACGGAUCAGGUUACUACGGAUCGGGGUACUACGGAUCGGGGUACUACGGCUCCGGGUACUACGGAUCGGGGUACUAUGGAGGCUACAACUACGUGAGCCCAUAUUCCGCCAAAUCCGCCAUGAUCGCCAUGGCUGCCAUCAACUUCAUUGUGUCGCUGGCUAUCUUCGUGGCUACCUUCUCCAAAACGCGGACCAUCCGGAGCAGGAAGUUCUACCUGGUGGUGCUGGUGUCCUCCGUCAUCCUGGCCGUGCUGCAGGGCAUCAUCAAUAUUGUGUACAUUGUAGGGGUGAACCCCAUGGCUCAGAGCUCCGCCAACGCCCUUUACAACCCCAUGCUGAUGAUGUGUCAGAGCCUGUACGGGAACAGCGUGUCAGGGAUGGGCGGAGGAUUCCCACUCUACAACCAGUACCUCUAUCACUACUGCUACGUCGAUCCUCAGGAGGCCGUGGCGAUGGUGUGUGGUUUCUUGGUGGUGAUAGCGUUGGCUGUAGCGGCGUUCUUCUCCUAUAAAACGAGAAGCAGGAUCUGGCGCUAUGGGAAACCCAACGUGUACUGGGAUGAGCCUCUGACCGGCGGCCCUGAGGGCAGAGAUGUGGAGGACUGGGUGAACAACAUGGGUGAUGGACAGAGUGUCCACGAGCCGUCGGUGAUGUUUUCAGAGAAAGGAGCUCCGCCUCUGAACAAGUCCCAGAGUGUGAUCUCCAUCCCCUUUAAGAGUGACCCCUCUACCCCCCCAGCGUACUCAGAGCGUGUGUUCAGUCGUGCUCAGGAUCCAGAGAGCUCCAGUCCAUCUGAGAGAACCGAGAGGAAACCUGCAGCACUGCGCGGGAAACACCGCAGGAGGAACCCUGAACUGGACGAGUCCCAGUAUGAAACCGAGUACACUACAGGAGGAGAGACUGGACAUGAACUGGACCCCAGUCACUGGAUCAGUGUGUACCCCGAGAUCACGUCCAGCUCUCAGAGACAGGAGUAUAAGAGGGAGUUUGAUUCGGAUCUGCGCACCUACAAACAACUGUGUGCUGAAAUCGACGACAUCAAUGACGAGCUGAACAAACUGAGCCGAGAGCUGGACACUCUGAACGAGGGGACGAGCAAAUACCAGGCUGUAGCAGAGGAAUUUAAUCGCCUGAAAGACCUGAAACGGAUGCCAGAUUAUCAGGAGAAAAAGCAGCGCUGCCGUCGCCUGCGUCACAAACUCUUCCACAUCAAACGCAUGGUGAAGGAGUACGACCGAGCUCAGCCCUAAAUCUCCACCUGACCUUUAACCCUGACAAACUGUGUGUCUGUGUGUGUGUGUGUGUGUGUAGCUGGCUGAAAUGUAAUCUAAUGAACAGACAGCAUAUGAAAUCUCAAAUUCCAGGAACUGUUUCAGUGUGUUUCUCUGUGUGUGUUGGCAUAAAUGUGUUGCAAAUGUGUGUGUUAACCUGUGUGUGUGUGUAAGAAAGGUGUGGCUCAGAGUGAUAAGGCCUGUGUGACUCAUGCUGCUUUUUGUAUGCAAUACAGAGAUAUGUGCUUUAGUUGAUUAGUGUGUGUGUGUGUGUGUGUGUGUGUGUGUGAGAGAGAGAGAGAGAGAGGCAGGUUUCUGCUGAUGAUCAGCAGUACAUCAUAACUUUGAGGAAAAUAAUGAACAGUUUCUCCACAUUACUCAGUAUUUUCCCAUAACUAACUCACACACACACAUACACACACACACACUCAUGCACACAUUCACACGCACGCACACACGCACAUACACACACACACUCACACACAUGCAAUCACACACACACAGUGUUUGAGAUGUUUGGAGCUGGAACAGUUCCUGGAUGCGGUGAUGAAGUUGUGUAAAUGAUCCACUCCAUCCUUCAGUCUGUGUUUAAAGUUGUUUCCUAACGUGUGUGUGUGUGUGUGGAUGUGUGUGUGUGUGUGUGUGUAGUGAAUAUUCAGGGUUUUUUUGUUUGUUUGUUUGUUUUUGGUGCUGUAUACUUGUUUUUGUUUAAUGAUUUAAUCCUUUUAUUUUUAUUUAAUUUUUUUUUAUUUAACACAUUUUGAAGUUUUAAGCUUUUUGGCCCCUGAACCCUGAACCUCUGAGGAACGAGAAAUAACUUCAUCUGUACAAGUCGGAGACGCCAUGAAAGAGUGAACAUACAAAAAAAGGUUUUAUUUCUUUAUUGUUCAAGAGAAGUGCUUUAUAAUUACUUUUAAAGAAAUCUGUUUUGAGUGUAUUUUAUUUUAUUUUAUUUCAGUUUAUUUCAGUUUUUUUAUUUCAGUUCAUUUUAUUUUAUUUCCUUUGCAGUUUUGUUCUGAACAGUCUGUUAUUUGGUGUAAAGUUUUUGUUUUUUCAGAGCUUCACACUGUGAUGAUUGUUGUAUAGAAAUGAAAACUCUCUGCUGCAUUCAUGUGACUUCUGCAUUAAACACACUGUACAGAGUGAAAUAUUCCUGCAGCAGGAUUUCCUCGCUUCACACUCCUGAAAACGACCGGGAUUAUAAACCGCUUAUUUUUCUUUUCUUUACUUUUUCUGAACAAAUGUGCCACUGUGCAGCUCUGGUGUCGGUCAGAGUGCUGUUAAAUCAUCAAUAUUGAUGAAAUCUUGUUAUUAUCGUCAUCGUCAUCAUCAUCAUCGUCAUCAUCGUCACUGCCCUGUGUUUCUGAUUAUUAAUCAUGACGCCAGAUCAAUACUGUGUUUACUUUUCUGCUUUUCUUCAGGAUUUAUUCCUGUAUAUUUUUUAUUUUUGUACAAAAUAUUAAUAAUAAUAAUAAUAACGAUUCAUCAUAAAGGGCACAGAGCUUAGUUUUUGUGUUUAUUUUCCCUUCAUAAUGACAUGUUUGUUGAAGAAAAUGAUUUUUGCUUUUUGUAUCUUUAUGAAUAAACUGAGUUUGUAUUUAA